AUGUCGAGACACCGCGUGAAGAAUGUCGGAUACGACGACGACGAUUAUUCGGACGAUGGUUAUGAUUCACCCGACCCGGAGGAACAAGAACACCUGCAACGGUGCACCGAUGAUGUUCUUUCCCAGCUCCGCGCGGGCACCUCGCCGGUGAUCGCCACGAAAGACGAAGUCCAAGAGGCGCUUUGGCAUUAUUAUAACGAUGUAGAAAAAUCGGUCAAUUAUCUACGAGGCAAGAAGGAGAAGGAGGCAAAGAAGCCGCAGACGAUCACCACUUCGCAGAAGAGCGAGGUUAAAGUCCCGGGAUUUCCGGCGCCUAUCUCGCCCCCGAUUGCGCAUUUCUCGGCUGCCGAUUUCUUUCGUGAUUCUCCUUGGCUCAAUAUUCCGCCUCAUCGAAAGGCCGAUAUCUUGAUAGAACCUUUAUAUACUCGAAUGGGUCUGUUGGGUGGUGCACCUGAAGCCGGUAAAGUUUCCAAAUUGGCUGCAUUGGCUGCGGCCCGCAAGAAAAGGGAGGAGAACACCUCGUCUUCUCCACCAGAGGCUUCGCAGUCCGUCCAGUCAGAACGGCCACCUGUUGAGUCAAAGGUCUCGUUACGCGAGAGGCUCGCUGCAAGCAAGUCUGCGAAGUCUGCGAAGUCUGCGGAUGGUCUUGGCGGUUUGCGCCGACUGGCAAAGCCUGCUCCUACCCCUGCACCUACUGCACCUGCACCUGCAUCUGCACCACCUUCACCCCCAAAACCGGCACCACCUGUUCCCUUGGUCAAUGUUCCAACUGUUGAAUCCAAGCCUGCAGAACAAGCUGAAAAGGAAGCAAUAAAGGAAGAGUUGGAGCCGAUUCAAACUGCACCUGAUAUACGCGCAUCCCCCUCAAUGUUUGCUAGUGCAAUUGUUGGCAAUCAACCAAGAUACACUAAGGCCGAGCCUAGCCAUAUACCUUCGCAAACCGUUGAUUUGCUUCAGAUUUAUGGUCAGGAUCAUGCUGAACCAUUUGAUUUUGCAGGCCCGAGCCCCGAUGAUGUAGUGCUCAAUGCACAAAAUACAGCUAAAGGAUUUAAAUCCCAAACUCCUGUCUCCAAGGCAGCCGGCAACAAGAAGAACCAAGGUGAUCUUGCUGGGGGCAUGAAUAACCUCACAGUGGAGGAGAAAGUGACCGUCAAGAGCAAGAACUUGGAUGUCUUGGCAGAAUACAACAAGUCCACAAGAAAGAAGUCUGCCAACUUUGUGGUGAUUGGUCAUGUUGAUGCUGGAAAGAGCACAUUAAUGGGAAGAUUAUUGGCAGACCAGGGAGCGAUAGACCAGCGUACAUUGGAUAGGUAUCGCAAAGAGGCGGAGAAGAUCGGAAAGGGUUCUUUUGCCCUAGCGUGGGUGUUAGAUCAGGGAUCAGAGGAACGUGCACGGGGCGUUACAAUCGAUAUCGCGACCAACCAAUUCGAGACUGAAACCACGGCGUUUACCAUUGUCGAUGCCCCGGGACAUCGAGAUUUUGUCCCUAACAUGAUUGCCGGUGCUAGCCAGGCCGACUUUGCGGUCCUGGUAAUCGAUUCUAGCGUGGGCAAGUUCGAAUCUGGCUUGAAGGGCCAGACAAAAGAGCAUGCUUUACUAGUGCGCAGCAUGGGCGUCCAGAAGAUUGUGGUGGCUGUCAACAAGAUGGAUACUGUUCAAUGGGACCAGUCCCGAUUCGAAGAGAUUGAGCAACAAAUUUCAUCAUUCUUGACAACUGCUGGAUUUCAGGAAAAAAACAUUUCUUUCAUCCCAUGUUCGGGUGUGCUAGGAGACAACAUUAGCCGACGGAGCGAUGACUCUCUCGCAUCAUGGUACACUGGCCAGACAUUGAUUGAGGAACUGGAGACUUCGGAACCUUCGACACACGCGCUUGACAAGCCACUUCGCAUGACGAUCGGUGAUGUCUUCCGUGGCGGCGUGCAAAAUCCGGUCUCGAUAUCUGGCCGUCUCGAUGCUGGCAGCUUACAAGUGGGAGACCAAAUCUUAACCAUGCCCAGUGGAGAGACAGCAUUGAUCCGCAGUCUGGAGGUAGAUGGAGAGUCUAGUGAAUGGGCUGUGGCCGGACAAAAUGUUGUGUUGAACUUGGCAAACAUCGACCCAACACACUUGCGCUCGGGCGAUGUAGUAUGCCGUGCAUCUUCGCCUAUUCCAACCAUCACCAGCUUUACUACCAAGGUUCUGGCCUUUGAACAUCUGAUGCCUAUGCUCGUGGAUGUACACCGUGGUCGUCUACAUGUUCCAGGUCGCAUCAGCAAACUGGUUGCGACUCUGGAUAAAGCCACGGGUGCGCCUAUCAAGAAGCGGCCUAAGAUCGUGGCUCCGGGUACGGUGGCACGUGUGGUUGUGGAAAUGGAUACGGCAGUUCCCCUCGAGGCACCGACUAGGAUUGUUUUGCGCGCCGGGGGGUCGACUGUGGCGGCUGGGUUGUUGGAAUAG